GUGCUUACCUCCUCAGAGAAGCAAAUAGCUUAUCACACUUGUGUUGCACUACGACAAUAUGUUAGGGCGCAUCUUAUUUUACUUGUGGAUUCAAUUCGCCCUAAUAAGAACAUGCGCAGUGCUGCUCGAAGUAUUCCAAGUACUAGGGCGGUGUACAAGCCCCUUGAUAUUAGUAAUGAGGCCUUGGAUGCUGUAUUUCGGCAGAUACAGAAGGAUCGGAAACUUGGUCCUGCAUUAGUGAGGGCCAGAUGGCCUGUUGUGGACAAGUUCUUAAGUGCUAAUGGGCAUAUUACCAUGUUGGAACUGUGUCAGGCUCCACCUGUUGAGCGGUACUUACAUGACUUGCUUCAGUAUGCCUUGGGUGUUCUGCACAUCGUCACUUUAGUACCAUAUAGCCGUAAACUUAUAGUAAAUGCCACCCUAAGUAACAAUCGUGUUGGUAUAGCUGUUAUCCUGGAUGCAGCCAAUGGCGCUGGUUAUGUUGAGCCUGAGAUUAUUCAAGCAGCACUUAAUGUCCUUGUCAAUCUUGUGUGCCCACCUCCUUCAAUCAGCAAUAAACCAUCAGCUGCUACACAAGGACAUCAGUCUGCACCUGUCCAAUCUUUAAAUGGUCCGGAGACCAGAGACAGGAACUUGGAACGAAGUAUUCUUGAUCGAGCUCUAAGUGUGGCUAGUCAGAAUGAACCUCGUGACCGGAGUGGGGAAUCUACCUUGGUUGAUCGAGGUUCCACUGCCAUGGUAGGUACUUCGUCUGGGAGUAAUACUUCUCAAGUCCCAGUUCCUACUGUAGCUUCAGGAUUAGUGGGAGAUCGUAGAAUUUCCCUCGGUGCUGGAUCUGGGUGUGCUGGCCUUGCUGCUCAACUUGAACAAGGAUAUCGGCUAACCAGAGAGGCUGUUCGUGCCAAUAAUGGUAUCAAGGUUCUUCUUCAGCUCCUCCAACCACGGAUAGUUACCCCUCCUGGUGCCCUUGACUGUCUACGUGCUCUUGCGUGCAGAGUGCUGCUUGGUUUGGCUAGAGAUGAUACAAUUGCACACAUACUAACAAAGCUUCAGGUUGGAAGAAAACUUUCAGAACUUAUUCGUGAUUCAGGGAAUCAGGCCCCUGGUAGUGAGCAAAGUAGGUGGCAGGUGGAGCUUUCACAGGUGGCUAUUGAGUUGAUUGGGGUUGUAACAAAUUCUGGCCGUGCAAAUGCAUUAGCAGCAACUGAUGCUGCUACUCCUACAUUGAGGCGCAUAGAGAGAGCUGCUAUAGCUGCUGCUACGCCAAUUACAUACCAUUCCAGGGAACUAUUGCUUCUUAUACACGAACACCUACAGGCAUCUGGUUUGGCAGAAACAGCAGCUGUACUUCUAAAAGAGGCUCAGUUGACACCUUUACCAUCUUUGGCCACACCAGCAUCCCUGGUUCAUCAGGCAUCUGUGCAGGAAUCUUCAUCUAUUCUGACUCAAUGGCCAUCUGCUAGAGUUCAUUGUGGAUUUAUGUCGGAUAAACUAAAACUGACAUAUCGGGAAGAGCAUUUGGGCUUGAAAACUGAUUCAGCUGUUUCCUGUUUGAAAAAGAGGCCUACGACUUUAUCUUCUCCACAUGGUCUUCACUCUAAAGCUCAGGUUUCUGCUGAGGACUCCCCAAUAUUGUCGAGUGCCAAAAUUAACUUGACUUCUAAAAGAUCAUCUACAGCUGUAAGUGCUCCUGGAACUCCAUCUGUGUCUGCUGUUAAGUCCAGUGGGGAUGUCGAUAUCCAGUGUAAAACUCCAAUUGUAUUACCAAUGAAACGUAAGUUGACAGACUUGAAGGAAUCUGGGUUAAUGUCACCCGGAAAACGACUUAAUACAGGUGAUUAUGCAUUACGGUCUCCAAUUUGUAUUACAUCUGGCAUGCUUCGCAAAAGCAGCCAACUGACUGAUGGAACAAUGUUUUCACCAACUAGUUCUUCUUUAAAAGAUCAUGGCAGAUCAUUGCCAAAUUGUGGACCGGCUGAAGGGGAUGAAAGCCAGUUUAGUGGUGCUCAAUUUAGGCAAAUGGUUCCUACAACCCAGUAUGGACUUACAAAUGAGCCCCAACCAUCCAGCUUGGAACGGUUAACCCUUGAUUCUCUUGUUGUUCAGUAUCUAAAACAUCAACAUCGGCAGUGUCCGGCUCCUAUUACCACAUUGCCCCCUCUCUCUCUCCUACAUCCUCACAUGUGCCCAGAACCAAGACGAAGCCUUGACGCCCCCUCAAAUAUGACGGCCCGCCUUAGUAUGCGUGAGUUUCGAAGUAUGUAUGGUGGCAUUCACGGAAGCCGUAGAGAUCGUCAGUUUGUUUAUAGUAGAUUCAGGCCAUGGCGAACCUGCCGCGAUGAUGCUGGUGCCCUUUUGACUUGCGUUACUUUCCUUGGAGACUCUUCGCAAAUUGCUGUCGGAAGCCAUUCUGGGGAACUCAAAAUAUUUGACACCAACAGCAAUUGUGUGCUUGAUAGCUGCCCUAGUCACCAGUAUCCUUUGACGCUUGCCCAGUCAUAUAUAUCUGGAGAUACUCAGUUGAUUCUUUCCUCCAGUGCCCAUGAUGUGCGGUUAUGGGAUGUAUCUUCAGUUUCAGCUGGGCCCAAGCAUUCAUUCGAAGGAUGUAAAGCUGCGAGGUUUAGCAAUUCAGGAACUGCUUUUGCUGCUUUAUCAACAGAAUCAUCCCAUCGGGAGAUUCUCUUGUAUGAUAUUCAGACCAGCCAAUUGGAUCUAAAGCUUACGGAUACGUCAAACAAUCCAUCAGGUCGAGGUCAUUUGUAUUCUCUUAUUCACUUUAGCCCAUCAGAUACCAUGCUUCUCUGGAAUGGGGUCCUAUGGGAUCGCCGAGGUUCUGGCCCAGUGCAUCGCUUUGAUCAGUUUUCUGAUUAUGGUGGGGGUGGCUUCCAUCCUGCUGGGAAUGAGGUGAUCAUAAAUUCUGAAGUCUGGGAUCUCCGGAACUUCAGGCUUCUCCGAAGUGUGCCAUCCUUAGACCAAACAGUGAUAACUUUUAAUGCUAGUGGGGAUGUGAUUUAUGCAAUUCUAAGGAGAAAUCUCGAGGAUGUUACUUCAGCAUUUCAAACUCGCCGUGUUAAACAUCCUCUCUUUGCUGCUUUUCGAACUGUGGAUGCUGUUAAUUACUCCGACAUUGCUACAAUUCCUGUUGAUCGCUGUGUUCUUGACUUUGCUACAGAGCCAACCGAUUCUUUUGUUGGGUUGGUUACAAUGGAUGACCAGGAUGAGAUGUAUUCCUCUGCUAGGGUAUAUGAAAUUGGUCGUCGGAAGCCAACUGAUGAUGAUUCUGAUCCAGAUGAUGCUGAGAGUGAAGAUGAAGACGAUGAUGUGGAUGAGGAUGAGGAUGAGAUAUUGGGACCAGAUAUUGACGAGGAUGGUGAUAGUGAUGCAGAUGAUAUGAGCAAUGAUGAUGAGAGCGUGAGUGAACUCGAGGAUGAUGAGGAAGAAGACGGUGAUUUUAUAAUGGAUGAUGGGGACUUUGAAGGUGCAGCUGGGAUAUUGGAGAUUGUGGCCGAAGGUGACGAGGAGGAUGAUGAUAGUGAGGUGCUUGAAUCUCUAAGUAGCGGGGAUGAAGAGGAUAUGUUGUGAUUAGAGUGGUAAGAAGAUUAGUGGGAGGGGUCAGAGUAGGUGCAUGCUCCUAAAUGAGCAAAUUUUUGUACACUAUUUGAUAAUUAAACUUUUACGCAGAAUCUUGUAAUCAUCUUUUAAAUGGAUUUUCCUUUUUGUCUUUUAGGGUUUAGAGAUUAAAUAGGGGAAGUUAGAGAUGAUUAUGUUGGGGAAUGUUCAAAUUUUGCGUUGUUAGCUCUGAUUUUCUUAUUAAACUCAAAGUUAGCUAAGGACAACUGUUGAUAUGUUUCCAAGUGAGUUUUUAAUAAACGAUCAUCUUUGCUCAA